UUUUCAGGUUACUGAAUAUUUAUAGGUAAUAUGCUGACUUUCGGAAAUGCAGAACUUGAAAUUUCAUUUAAGUUUCCUUGCUCUAUGUUUCAUUCAGGGUAUAUCAUGUCAAAGCAUAGUUUUAAGUCCCACCAAGGCAUACGUAGAUAUAAACGAGUCAUUAACGUUAACCUGCGCCUAUAUUGGUUACAUCAAUGUAGAAUGGACGAAGUGGAUUGUAAAUAACCAAGCUACACCAACAACAGUAAGACAUCAAGAUAAUACUUGUAGUGGUAGUGGAAUCCUCGCUGAUGGCAACAUUUACAUAGUUGGUUGUCCAUCUGAUACAUCUUUUACCGUAACUAUAUUACGUGUACAACAAGAAGAUAUUAAUACGCAGUGGCAAUGUUUUGAUCGUGACAGAAAAAGUAAUAUUGUUAAAAUAUUCGAAGAAGAUCCUCCACAGAAACCUGUUAUCAUUGGAUUCACAGACGGUGAAAAGUAUUCACUUAUAGAAUCUGAGUUUGGCAACUUAUCUUGUUCGUCACAUGGCGGAAAUCCACUAGCUAAUUUUAUGACAUGGAAUUGCUAUAACA